UUUAAAAAUUAGUGGUCCUUUUCGCAAAAUAAAAGUUAUUUAUAAAUGAGAAUUAGAAAACAUUAAUAGUAACAUUUCGAAUGAAUAACGGAUAUUGAGAGAUUUCUAUUAGAUUAAUCAAAAAGAUACAAACUACGCUUUUACGAAAUUAUCGUUUAUACUUUUAAUUAUGAAAUAGAAACGUUAUAAGUUCAUUAAAAAUGAUAGUUUAAUAACGAAGAUCUAUUAAACUUUUUAUAUACUGGAUUAAUUUUUCCCUAUUUUCUCCAAUAAGUUAAACUAUUUGAAAAAUUAUUUAUAAUUGUAGAAUAAUUGAGUAGGAUAAAAUAUUAUUAAAUCAAUAUUUUGUUACUUUGGUGACCAAACAUCAGUUUCUUAUUUCUGAUAGUAUUAAGCUAAUAUUUCUGGUGUAACUUUGAUAUAUAAACAUUAACAUUUCUGUUAAUUGUUUAAAUUAUGGCUAAGUCUGUAACUACAUAUGAAAAACCUUUACCACACAUAAGUAGGAAUAAAUUAUAAUUUUUAAUUAUUUAUAUGCAUGACAUACAAUCUCUUUAUAAUAGAUUUAGCAGAUUGGUAUGCUAAACAAUGGGAACUUCAGCAAAAUGCAGCUUUCAGAAGUGCAGAGGCAUUUGAAUUAAGAAAUACAGGAAAAAUUGUUCGCUCAGAGACAAUGGUAAAAACAAUAUGGGAUACAUACAUGAAUAAUACUCGCCUUGCAGAUAGAGUAACAGAAUUAUCACGCUGGAGAGAGUUACUACAAAAUUUGCUAGAUAAAUUAAUUGCAGAGUUAAAGUUCUUACAAGAUGAGAAAGUUGAUACAGAGAAAGAAUUAGAAACUUUAAAUUAUCCAUUACAAUUAACAGCAGAAUGUAUUUCCAUGAGGGAUUGCCGUAGAGGAACAGAACUUACUUAUGAUGAAGCUGAUACAGAAUUGAAAAAAGAACUUUGUGUCAUUGAAAAUAUUAAGAAAUCAUUAACUGAUAGGGUGCAAGCUGCAUGGGAAAAAUUAAAUCGUUUAGAAGAAGUUAGAUUUCAAAUCCAAUUAGAAGUGGAAGAUAAAGAUGAAACUAUUAAAAUAGAGAAAGAAAAUCUUAAUUUAGAUCGAACAUGUGCAAAUAUUAGCUAUAAACCAAAUGCAUUAAGAAUUCCAAAAGGUUCAAUACCUUAUGAAGCUUGGCUGGAACAUUGCCGUUAUAUUAAAAUGUUAGCUGAUAAUGAAUUAAGCGAUGUAUAUAAUUUACGAGAAGCUAUAAAUAUAAUGCGUGAACGUGCCAGAAAUGAUAUUAAAGCUCAGCAAGACGUAACAGAUUUUAGUUUACGGAAAAGAAUUUAUCAGACACAAAAAGCUAGGAAUGAAUUAGAAUGGCAAAAGCUUAAAAUCCAAAAGGAAAUGGAAAUUUUACAAAAAGAAAUAGUUAGACUAGAAGACGCAUUAAUGCAUAAAAUUGAUUCGAUAAAAUGUGCAGAGACAAGAUUAGAAAAUCGUACUUAUCGUCCUGGUUUUGAACUCUGUCGUGAUGAAGCUGAAUUAGGUUUGAAAGACGAAAUUUUACAUUUGCGACAAACUGAAAAAGACUUAAAAAGUGUAUUGGAAAAUUCAAAAGGGGCAUAUAAUAAUUUGGAAAGCUUACUUUUGCAAGUUGAUAGAAAUUUAGAUGAUAAACAACAUUCUUUGGCAACAGAUGUGAUGUGUUUAGAUAUGAGGGCAACAUUAAAAACAGGAGAUAGAACACGAUUGCCAAACGAAACAGAUCGUAAUAUCGUUCUUACACGUAUGGAAAAAGAGAUACCGCUUGAAUCAUGAAUGAAUUGUAAUGUUUACACAAAUCCAUUAGAAAAAACAUUCAUUCAAUAUAUAAAAUGUCUAUUUAUUGUAGUACUUAAUGAUGUUUUCAUUAUACACAAUAAACUUAUUAUUUGCAUAUGCUUAUGUGCCAGUAUUAA